AUGCAGCGCAUGAUUGUACUGAGCGGCAGUCAUGAUGUUGCUAUCGUGAAGGUGCCCCAUGUUUACACACAAGUGCAUAUUUCUGGUCGGCACAACACGCUCAUCUCGGCAGGAUCCCUGGGAAUCAGCGAUUUGCGAGGCGCGAUUGGUGAAGAGGUGGACCCAUUGAGCCAGUCAGAUGUACCAUCUCUUUCUCGGUUUUUGGUAGACUCAUUGAUUUCAAAAGAUCGUUGUCGAGCAGGCUAUCUUUUUGACUGCGACAAGAACAUCCAAAUUGUCGCUGCCGACGUACGACUCGAGCGCCUGUGGAAGAUAAUUCGACGAUUCAGAUCUCAGGCACGAAGUGAAGGUAUGGUAUGCGGGUCGCUGGACCUCAGCUACAUUGGUGUAGCGGCCAUGUGGGCAGAAGAUAUCGCCACCGAUGAAAGGCGAUACGCCCAAGGCUCACCGGUUGCUGUUGCCGAAGCAAUUACUGGUCUCAUCACAUCAAAGAGUAUACCGCAAUUCGAGGGCGCACGAACAGGCUUUCCUGAACAUCGCCAACUCUGCUUAGCUCUUUGUGGGUGGAAGUUCACGAUUGAGACGCUGGAAGAAGAAUGUCAAGAACUCAUCGAACGUGGUCAGUACUAUCUCGCAAUCGUGCAGGCUGUUCUGCAUGGCUACAAGCACAUCGCUCUCAACCUGCUUCGAAGUCUUAUCCGGAGCAAGACGAUCCCGAACAUCGGCCUGGGUGCACUUUUGGCGUCGACUGAGAUCAAUGAGGAACAGCAUGAGAUGUGCUUGUGGAUGGAAGCCGAUGCUGAAGACCCGGCCCUCAAAGCUUUGCUGACAUAUCUGACUACUGGAGAUUGGAGAACUGUGAUGAAGACUACCUAUCUUGACUCUGAUUAUCGUAUUGCGCUUGGUUUGAAGUAUCUUAACGAUACGGAGCUGAGCGGAUUUCUGCAAGGCGAGACGGCUCGGGCUGUUCGCAAUGGAGAUCUGGAAGGCAUCUUGCUCACGGGACUCACUGAGCCCGCAAUGGAUCUGCUUCAGACCUAUAUAAACAAGACCGGCGACGUGCAGACCGCUGUACUCGCCAGUGCCUACGCCAACCCACGGUACAUAGACGACAUGAGGUGGGAUGUGUGGAAGGGAACGUACUUCGAACAGAUGCAGACCUGGCGUGCCUUCCACGAGCGGGCUAGAUUCACUGUUCAGCAUAAUGCACUCGCGGUGGAUCGUGACGGUCGAUCUUAUAAGCAAAGUCCAGUCACAACGAUCGACAUCGUUCGAGGGGUUCCAAUAAGGGCAGCAAUGGAGUCUCUAGACUUCCUGCUGCUGGAGAAGGCGGUACCACAUGCCUACAAUGCGGACGACAUUUACCGCGCUGCUCUCUUUGUGGUCAGUGGCUAG